AGGCGAAGCAGCGGCGGCGAGGGAGGAAGGGAGCGGGCGGGCGGCCGCUCCCCGGCACUGCAGUCGGCCGCGCCGCCCUGAGGGAGCGCGCCCGAGAGGAGGAAGAGGAGGAGGAGGGAGGAAGGAAAGGAGGGAGGGGGGGGAUCGGCCCGCAGUGGCCCCCCUCCCGGGGGAGGAGGAGAUUCCCCCUCCCCGCCUCAGCCGCCUCCUCGGCUUCUCUUCCCCCCCCCUCCCCCGCGAGACCCUCCCCCCCCCUCCCGCCUUAAGCAGCCGUAGCCGUAGCCGCAUCGGCGGGGCGGGCGGGGGAUUGAUGUGGGGGGCUCGGAGAUGAGUCCGCCGGCCGCCGGGUGCUGCCAUGUGACCGGCUUCAAGGUGGAGAACUGGAAGCAGAACCUGCGGGUGAUCUACCAGUGUUUCGUCUGGAGCGGCUCGGCCGAGAGCAGGAAGCGCAAGGCAAAGUCGUGCAUCUGUCAUAUGUGCGGUGCCCAUCUGAACAGACUUCAUUCUUGCCUGUACUGUGUCUUCUUUGGCUGUUUUACAAAGAAACAUAUUCACGAGCACGCAAAGGCAAAGCGACACAACUUAGCCAUAGACCUUUUGUAUGGGGGUAUAUACUGCUUUAUGUGUCAAGAUUACAUAUAUGACAAAGAUAUGGAACAAAUUGCCAAAGAAGAACAGCGGAAAGCUUGGAAGCUACAAGCCUUCACCCCAACAAUGAUUUCUCACUACCAGUGUACAAUGACAGGUAUUGGAGAGAAGUAUUCAACUUGGGAGCCAACCAAACGAGAGUUAGAGCUGCUUCGACAUAACCCCAAGCGACGAAAAAUAACCACAAACUGUACCAUAGGUCUGCGGGGGCUAAUUAAUCUUGGGAACACAUGUUUUAUGAACUGUAUUGUCCAAGCACUUACUCACACUCCACUGCUGCGAGAUUUCUUCCUCUCCGACAGACACAAAUGUGAAAUGCAAAGCCCCAGCUCAUGUCUGGUCUGUGAAAUGUCUACGCUUUUUCAGGAGUUCUACUCUGGGCACCGAUCUCCUCACAUUCCAUAUAGGUUAUUGCACCUGGUAUGGACACACGCACGGCAUUUAGCAGGGUACGAGCAGCAAGACGCCCACGAGUUCCUCAUUGCUGCCUUGGAUGUGCUGCAUCGACACUGCAAAGGUGACGAUAAUGGGAAGAAAGCCAGCAAUCCCAACCACUGUAACUGUAUCAUAGACCAAAUCUUCACAGGUGGACUACAGUCUGAUGUCACUUGUCAGGUCUGCCACGGUGUGUCCACAACGAUAGACCCCUUCUGGGACAUCAGUCUGGACUUGCCCGGUUCCUCCACCCCGUUUUGGCCUCUGAGUCCAGGCAGCGAUGGCAGUGUGGUGAACGGAGAGAGCCAUGUGUCAGGAACCACCACCCUCACAGACUGCUUGCGAAGGUUUACAAGGCCAGAACAUCUAGGAAGCAGUGCCAAAAUCAAAUGUAGUGGUUGCCACAGCUACCAAGAAUCUACCAAACAGCUCACUAUGAAGAAACUACCCAUUGUGGCUUGUUUUCAUCUCAAACGGUUUGAACACUCAGCCAAACUGAGACGGAAGAUCACUACGUAUGUCUCCUUUCCACUAGAGCUGGACAUGACGCCUUUCAUGGCCUCUAGUAAAGAGAGCAGAAUGAAUGGGCAGUACCAGCAACCAGCAGAUAGUCUAAACAGUGAUAAUAAGUAUUCCUUGUUCGCAGUAGUUAACCAUCAAGGAACCCUGGAGAGUGGGCAUUAUACCAGUUUUAUUCGGCAACACAGAGACCAAUGGUUCAAAUGUGACGAUGCCAUAAUUACCAAGGCUAGCAUUAAGGACGUACUAGACAGUGAAGGAUACUUGCUGUUCUAUCACAAACAGUUCCUGGAGUACGAGUAGCCCUGCUCAGCAGCCGACGCGACAAGGAAAGGACAGGAAGCGAAAGGAGGGGUAGACUUCCGAUAAAACACACAACACUACCUGAAAAUGAAAAACGACACCCAUUCGACACCUGGCCCCGAGCUGCGACAGGACCUGCUCGCCGGUUGGCUCACCGCCUAGAGGAGUUUAAAAAUAAUAAUAAUAAUAAUAAUGGAAUAAAAUAAACGAACUCUCUUCCUCGGGUUUGCGGUCCUGCAAGAAGGACAGAAGGAGGAGGGGGGAACCUAACCAGAGGCUGCCGUCAGUGACUUUGAGCGAAGACAUAGAAUAGCGCGAAGGUUGCCCUCGACAGGGACAUAGAGGGGAGCCGAGGAGUCCCGCCGUUCCUCCGAGGCGUGCGUGGGAAGGCCGGGGGCGUGUGUGUAUGUGCUCUCAUCUCCAUCCAAGCAUCUUCUCCAUUGGUGCUUCAGCUCCAACUGACCAAUCAUAUGACAGUUAAUUAAAACAAAAAACAAAAAAAUUUACCCCGAGCCCCCAUUUUUUUUUUUUUUUAAAUCAUCAUCGCCCCAUGGGUUUGAAAGCAGUCAAAAAUGGAGGAGAGUUGGGGACGCCACGACGAGAUGGACUUUACGAGUACCUUUUUAUUUGUGAAUUUUAGUUAUUAAAUAAAUACAGUAUGAAAUGAUUAGGCUGUUUUUGUUUUUCGGAAAAGCCAUUACCAGAGGCCAGAUUGACGGGACCGGCGUGCUGGCGAAGGUAACCAAAACCUGCCUCUUUUAAGUCACGGCACAGGUAAUUUUUUUUUGGGGGGGGGGGGAAUGUUAUUUUUGGAACAGGCUAGGUUUCUGUUUGAGCCCCCUCCCCCCCUCAUUUUGUUUUCUAUACAUUGCUAUUUUAUUAAUUUCUCGCCCCACUUCACCCCCCCCCCACCCCUUUACACAUGUACUUUUGUUCGUUUUCCGCCCAUAAGAAUGAAAUUCAUAAUUGCAACCAUCAGUAAAAUGAAUGAAUUGGC